GGAGAAUCAAACAUUUCCUGACUUUUCUUACGUUGGUCUGUCUUUCUGUCUGUCUACAGCAUAAGGAAGAAUAAAAGCAAAUAGCUACUACAGUUGUAAGAAAAAAAAAAAUUACUAAAAAAAAAAAAAAAAAAAGUAAACAAACAGAAACAGAGGGCGCCCUUAGCUUUGGUUGAGAAUCACUCACCGGAGGAGAGAGGGGGCCAAUUGUUUUCACGAAAAGGAGUUUAACAAUUCCUUAGACGCAAUCCUUAUCCAAACAUGCCAUUUUUGAGGACCGUAAGGCCAAAAAUUCUUGGACUAAUAAGAGUUUUGCUUCAGAGAUCUCUGCUUGGACGUGCAUAAAUGCAAUUCUCUACAUACCUUCCGACUUGCCUCUCUCAGCUUUUUGCUUGCAUGGGGUCACUUCUCUCUCUCUCUCUCUCUCUUCAUCAUAAUUCUAAGCCCUUUUUGGAUACUGAGAAAAACAGAAGAAGAAAAAAAAAUCCAGGAAUUUUGAGAUUUCGAGUCUAUACAUAUUCAUUGUUUGUGAUCCGAAGGGGAAAAAAAAAAAGAACUUUAAGUUGAAAGCAGGUUUAAUAACUUUUGAAUUUUUGCUUGCAGAGAAAAUAUAUGAAAAUUAAAGGAAAGGAAAAAAAAUCCUUCAAAUUUGAGAAAAAUAUAGAAUCUCUGCUCUGCUCGAGAUAGUUUUGCAAAUUUUGGUAUACUGUGAGAUUACAAACAGGAAAUAUAUAAGAUUUGAGAUUCUAACUUGUUUUGUUUUCCUUAGCUUUCUUGUAGUUUACAAUCAAAAAAAGGAAAACUUUCUUGUAGUUUAUAGUUGCUUUGUAGGUUAAGGAAUCUUGAGGACUUGUGUUUGCUUGUUCAGAAAGCAAACUUUGAGACUUAGCGAACAGGGAAACACUGGGGAGGAUCUUUUUUGUGGUUUGUUAAUUCUUUUCUUGGAGUUUUGGGAAGUUGUUUAGUCUAUAUAGAUAUGAUUUAUAUUAUUUGUAUUAGAUAUUGGGGGAUCCUAUAGCAAUAGCAGCUAUGUAUUCUAGGUGUUGUUUGAUAGCCAAAUCGGAGAGAUGCUUUGGGAAAAAACCCUGCUGUUCAUUUUUAGUGCUUUCAGGAGCGUAUUUGCAUGCUCUUGUGCUUUUGAUCAAGGAAAAGUUCAAGGCUAAAUGGAAGGCUCUAGUAGGCUGCCUUGGAUGCUAUACUAAACCUACAUCGAUGGGUGAACCUUCACAGAGGCUGAGAAUUCAUGAUAAAUAUGUGAGGAGAAAUAGUGUAUCAGAGGAUUUCUGGAGUAGCAGCACUUUUGAAAUGGACAACAGUACAGUUCAAUCCCAGAGAAGCAUCUCAUCAAUUGGCACCUCAAACCAAGCCCCCCUUGAUCAACAGGGUUUUGAUGGCAGUGUAAGCAACCCAUCUGAAUUUGUAAAUCAUGGACUUCUUCUCUGGAACCAGACAAGGCAGCAAUGGCUUGGAAACAAAAGGUCACAGAGCCAUCCACAAGUUCGAGAACCCAAAAUAAGAUGGAAUGAAACUUAUGACAGUCUACUUUCAACCAAAAAGCCUUUCCAACAGCCCAUCCCCCUUCGUGAGAUGGUAGAAUUCCUUGUAGAUAUCUGGGACCAGGAGGGUCUGUAUGAUUGAGCAUGCAAAACUGGAAAGCUCUUAAAAUUUUCAAUCCUUUCUUUCUUACCUUUUUUUAGUCCCCAUUUGUAUUGAUUGUGUGUCUAGUGCUAAGGUUGUAUAUUUUCAAUUUGUAUUGAUUAUUGUUCCCCUUCUCUGCUUAGGUCCUUUAUGGGUGGACCAGACAAAGUGAAUUAUUGUGGGGUGUUUUAAAUAAAAAUGACCACUUGCAAUGGGACCAUAUAUGUAUAUAUCGCCUACAAUGUAAUAAUAUGCAAUCCCUGCAAUGUGUCUUA